GGGCGCCCCGACGGCCCCGCCGCCGCCCCGCUCCCGGCCCGCGGCCCGCCCUGCCGCGGCCAUGGCCAGUGACAGCGGCGGGCCCGGCGUGCUGAGCGCCAGCGAGCGCGACCGGCAGUACUGCGAGCUGUGCGGGAAGAUGGAGAACCUGCUGCGCUGCGGCCGCUGCCGCAGCUCCUUCUACUGCUGCAAGGAGCACCAGCGCCAGGACUGGAAGAAGCACAAGCUGGUGUGCCAGGGCGGCGAGGCCCCCCGCGCGCAGCCCGCGCCGGCGCAGCCCCGCGUCGCGCCCCCGCCCGGUGGGGCCCCCGGAGCCGCGCGCGCCGGCGGGGCGGCCCGGCGCGGGGACAGCGCGGCGGCCUCGCGCGUACCGGGCCCGGAGGACGCGGCGCAGGCCCGGAGCGGCCCCGGCCCGGCAGAGCCCGGCUCCGAGGAUCCUCCGCCUAGCAGGUCUCCCGGCCCCGAACGCGCCAGCCUGUGCCCAGCGGGUGGCGGCCCCGGGGAAGCGCUGAGUCCCGGCGGAGGGCUGCGGCCCAAUGGGCAGACCAAGCCGCUGCCGGCGCUGAAGCUGGCUCUGGAGUACAUCGUGCCGUGCAUGAACAAGCACGGCAUCUGCGUGGUGGACGACUUCCUGGGCAGGGAGACCGGGCAGCAGAUCGGCGACGAGGUGCGCGCCCUGCACGACACCGGCAAGUUCACGGACGGGCAGCUGGUCAGUCAGAAGAGUGACUCUUCCAAGGACAUCCGGGGGGACCAGAUCACCUGGAUCGAGGGCAAAGAGCCCGGCUGCGAAACCAUCGGCCUCCUCAUGAGCAGCAUGGACGACCUGAUCCGCCACUGCAGCGGGAAGCUGGGCAACUACAGGAUAAACGGCCGAACGAAAGCCAUGGUUGCUUGUUACCCAGGCAACGGAACAGGCUAUGUCCGUCAUGUUGAUAACCCAAACGGAGAUGGAAGAUGUGUGACAUGUAUAUAUUAUCUAAAUAAAGACUGGGACGCCAAGGUAAGUGGAGGUAUUCUUCGAAUUUUUCCAGAAGGCAAAGCCCAGUUUGCUGACAUUGAACCCAAAUUUGAUAGACUGCUGUUUUUCUGGUCUGACCGGCGUAACCCUCAUGAAGUACAGCCAGCAUACGCCACAAGGUACGCAAUAACUGUUUGGUAUUUUGAUGCAGAUGAGCGAGCAAGAGCUAAAGUAAAAUAUCUAACAGGUGAGAAAGGUGUGAGGGUUGAACUCAAGCCCAAUUCAGUCAGCAAAGAUGUCUAGCAGUACCCACGUUACCUACAGCCUCUCAGUUGCCUUCUGUGGACUCGUGGACAGGAUGAACAGAGAGACACCUGCCUGGUAUUUCAGCUGGGAGCCAGGCGACUUCGCUGGGUGUCAUCCAACAGAGGGCUCCAUCUGCUGGGACUGUACUGUGUGGUCAGCUCCAGAUCUGUGGCUGCUCUUGGCUGCUGACCGAAAAGGAGAUGCUGUCGGAGGGGAGUAGCUUUUCCAUCUGGACAUGAAACAAGGGCCCUUUGUAGGAUUUUCUUCAGUCUUCUAUUUUGCCAGACCUGUCACCUAACUGAGUUCAUUUCAUCUCUUUUUUAUAUCAAGUUUGAAUUCGGGGAAUUUUUGUAUUAGGUACAAUUUAUCAAAACUGAAUUAAGAAAAAAAAUUUACAGUAUUAUUCUCAAAAUAACAUCAAUCUAUUUUUGUAAACCUCUUCAUGCUAUUAAAUUUUGCCCGAAAGGCCUCCUACUAUUAUUGUUGCCAGUGAAUGAUGAUUCGUUUCUUCUGCCUGAAAGUAAAGGAAGGGUGCUGUGUCCCAGCUUGAGUGCACGAGGUUUUUCUUGGCCCGCCUCUCAGUGAUUCGAACUUGUGAAGGUCGCUGCUCUUGCUCUUUGACCUAACAGUAGAUGGUUGCCACUGGCACUCAACUAACUCAUAGUUAUGAGAGGAAACAAGCCACAGGAAGAGGGUAUGUCUCUUCAGUUAAUUUUUUAAAGCUAAGUGACAGGCACUGAAUGAACUCUGGCUUCUCCUCAGCUUCGUGUUCCCAAGACAAAGGGCUUUCUUCUGCUGCAGGUCUAGCCUGCCCACAGCCGUGUCCCACUGCGGCAGGUUUCCCUGUGGCUUCUCCAUAGUGUGACCGUGCUUCCAGGCCCUUCCAGGUCAGGGCCAUGUUCUUGUGGCAGGGCAUCUGGUGACCUCAGGCACAUGGAUGUGUGUGGUUGUAGCCUCGAUUGUGGUCAUUUGCUCCUUGGACAGCCAUGAGCCAUUUUCCUAUCCAGUAAUGAAAGCCGAGUGCUAGCUUAGCAAUCAAAAGGGGUGUGAAAGCACGCUCUUUUGUUUUAUGGGUUUUUCUCUUUUUAGAGGACAGAGGGACAACCACACAAGGCUGCCAGACUCCUGUCACCUCUACAGUCCCCUUAGAAAGCCAGAGUUUGCACAGAUUGUGGGUGUAAUUCCUGUCCCCUUAGGUGUUCUGUCUCUGACCUUGAUCUUUGCCAAAAUGUGUAUAUACAGAACUAUUUCUGUGUAUCUCCCUUUACACCAGUCUUAGCACCUGUGUAGUUUGUAUCCAGUUAGAAACCUUUUCUAUGGAAAGCUCAGUAAUUCUUAUUAAGAGAUUGCUAUUGUUCAUGUAAAACAUGAAAACAACCCAGUAAAGCUGAGUGUGAAUGAGGGCUUACUCAGCACUGUGCUUGCAUGAGGGGCUCUCGGCAGGAAGUCCCCACUGACCACACCUCUCCAGCAAGUGCCUCUGCCGCUGGCCAGCUCAAGGUUUGGCCACCUGGCUCCGAAGCACCAUGUUUUGGAGUUAGGAGGAACUGUUUGGCAUUGUUGGCAGAAGGUCUGACUGACUGGAGCAGCAGCCUUUUUGGAAAGUAUGUGCUUUCCAGGAGGUCACUGUGAAAAGCAAAUUAAAAAAAAAAAAAACAAAAGCAAGAAAUCAGGAUAGUUAUCCCCUUAAUGCCCACUUAAACUCAAUUUCAUGUUAGGACUCUAUUUAAAACCAUGUGUGGCCUGUAUGUGUUAAUCCUGGUUAAAGAGAAAGCUUUAUAACAUUGUUUCUGUUCAACACAUUAACCGGUUGUGGAACAGCCCCUUUUGCAUGACAGGCAGGGCACUUCAGGAUUCGCAGAGAGACUCGUGUGGUUUGGAAGUGGUGUUUCCUAUGAAAGCCUCUCACGUUGCUUGUAAAGCUAAUCUAAUUAAAAAGAUGUAUAAAUGUUCUUGAAAAAACCGUAA